UGGGGGGAGGGGUGGCCAAGCAUCAGGGCGGUGCUCAGGGCUGUUAGUACGCUAAAGGUAUCUCAGAGUCCAUACCCUUGUUGGGAAUCGAUGCAUAAGCAGCAAUGAAGCAGUUUAGCCCAGGCCCGUCCCUCCACCCAACCGGGGCCUGUUCUGUUUUGUCGUUUCUGUUUUCGUAUUUCGUUAGCAACAGUCCAUCUCGACACGGGGUUGCUUUACUUACUUUCUCUGGCCGGCGCGUUAUCACAACACUAGAGUAUAUGGACAACUACACCGUACAGCACAUUAUCCCAGGCCCAACCCACCACCCAACCAGGACUUACUGCCGAGACGAAACCCUGCACACGCCUGAUCAGUCGGCUGAGACGGUGAACUGGGCUCACUGAUCCAGGGUUGCUUGAAACCGCCACCCACCCACCCUUCCUCAGGUAACAAGGCUCCUGGAUGCACUGUGAGCCAGCACCAUCA